CCACUCGCACACAAACAUACACACAUGUGCAGCACUUCAUGCAGUUGCGCUUUCUAAAUCAAAUUUGGGUUAAACUGGCGGCUACGUUGACAAAGUUCAAGUCGCAUGUGGGCAGCAUUACUUGGCCAGUAGUUACCGCUGUCUUUUUAAAGUGGCCCAAUGCCAUAAUUGGCAACAGCGCCAAUGUUAUUGUUACGGUAAUUAAUCAAGUCUCAAACGCACACUUAACACACACACACGCGCUCCCAUUGCAAACAGCUGUGCGUGGUACGGCAAAAAUAACGAAGGAAAAAAACUAGCUAUGCUAAUAUGGCAAGAAUCUCGCAUUAUAUGCAAACAUUAUUAUAUAAAUCCAAUUUACUUCCUGCCCAGCUAGCGAAAGUCAAUCGAACGAGACCGCAAAUCACUUUAAAUAAAUAAUUACCACCGAACUGAAGACGAGGAUCAAAAAUCGAUUGCGUGAUUUAAUGCGAGCGAAAUGCUGUCACGCUGAGCUCUUUCUAAUGAUUUUCCGAAGUGGAAUGCCAGAAUUUCGGACAGUGCUGAAAAUUCGGUUCACAUUGCUAGUAUAAAAUUAAGAAAAAACAUUUUUUUUUGUAGCAGAUUUAUGCUUACACAGUCCCUAAAGAAGUUUUAGUGCAGAUAUAUGUUUAAAAACCUUUUGAAUAAUAUACACAAUUGAUUUAAUGAGCAACAACAAUAGUAGAAGCAGAAGUAAGAAAACUACAUGAACCUACAACAUAUCGUAGUUGAUAAACAUAUUUUAAUUUUGUUAUCUGAAUAUGAAAGCGCUGUGCAUUUUCAGCAACAUUAGUAUUAGCAUCAGUAACAUUUUCAUUGAAACUGCACCAAGUUGCGAUUAUAACUGUAAAAUAACAAAUAGUGUGCUGAAAGCACCCAGUGCUUUUGCAUUACUAGCCUUGCAAGUGUUUAAAAACAUCUCAUGUCAAAGCGUUUUGUGGCUAUUAACCAACACCGAAAGAACGGUAAAUCUGCGGAGAGUAGUAGUAGUGUGCACUGCAUUUAACUACGGAGGAGUUUAUUUUUUCAACCGAAUUUGUUAUUCUAGUAGUUUUGUAAAAACUUCUCGAUGCGCAUCUUAGUCAGUACCAAAUCCCACGAGCCGGCCGGCCGCCUAGGCGUAAACCUCAAGGCGCACGUGAAUUCACAGUCGCAGCUUACCGAUCUGCGAAAAAAUCUGAAUGAAAAAAGUCAAAUUCGAGCGUAUGUACAAAAGCUGAUUGGAAAUGAACAGCAGAUGGGGUCCGUGCUGGACACGAUCUCUUCCACCGGCGAGGAACACCGCCUGGCCACUGUGACCGGCUGGUCCACGGUGAACAUCGCCAACUGCGCCGGCGUCUCCAAUAAUUCCAUUAUCAUGGCGCUUAAGUGGGUCCUGAUGUCCAUCAAGGUGGAGAUAUUCAACUUCAAGCGCAGCGGACCGGAAGACAAGAUGGCACGUGGACAAUUUCUGGUGGACAACCUGCUAAUCGCCAAUCGCCUGAAACGCUUGCAAAAUGAAGUAGCCGUUCUUUACACGUGCCAAAAAAUCGAGGUGGCUGUCACACCCGGUCUGCCUAACUCGGUGAUGAAUGCCCAGAUAACCGAAGGGUUUACAACUGCCGUGGAGGUGGCCAUAAUAUCACGCUAUGACGCGGCUUCACGCACCUUAGAUCUCUCCAGGUUCCACGCCAGUCCGGAGUUGGCUCUGCACUUUUGUCCGCUGCAUGUGGUCAAGCUGCUGGAAAGCGUGCUACUUCUCUCAGGCCAUAUAUUUCCACAGUUGACCGGCAUUGUAGUGAGCAACAAUUAUUUGUGCACUCUAAAAGCCUUUGCUGGGAUUUGCCAGAGUUUUGCCAGCCUAGAGCGCUUGGACAUAAGCGCAAACAGGAUUCAAGAUUUGGGAGAACUCAAUUACCUCAAAAAGCUGCGCUGCAAGACCAUCUUCUUGGCAGGCAAUGGUGUGGCCAAGCUAACCAUGGAUGCCAUCCGAAAUAUGUUACCCCAGUUGAAAAAUGUUCAUGGUUGCGUGCAGUCAGAGGAAAAUACAAUAGCGGUUGAUAAGCUUCCGAAGUUUCAACGACUGCAAAAUGGUGGCACUAAUGGUUUAACGUUUUGCCAACGCUUCAUAAGUUCGUACUACAAAAUCUUUGACGAUACCGAACAGCGUGUCAAACUUAAGGAUUACUACGACGAACAGGCCAUGUUCUCGCUUAGCGUGCCGGUGCAACUGGAUCAUGUCUACGCCUACAAAAUGUACAACAGAAACCAGAAGCGCCAGCUAUCCUCAUUUGCGCGUAACGCCAAGCUACAAGUCGGCAGUGCUGGGCUGUUUCUUGCUUUAACCCGCUUGCCUGAGAUGCUCACAGACGUUCAGAAUGUCGGGCUGGACAUUCUGGUUUUUACUCCUAGUCUACGCAUCUUUACGUUGACAGGAUGCUUUAAGGAGAUAACCUCGGAUAUUUGGGAACCGCGACGCUUUCAGCGCACAUUUGUGUUGCGGAUCCUCAAUAGCCCAGGCUGGCUGAUAACCAACGACAUGCUGUGCAUAGCUUCAAAUUAUCCGGAGAGAAGAGAAACAAUCAAAUUUAAAACAGAAAUUAAGGAGUUAAAUACCGAGGCGUCGGUAGAACAAAUAAAUAAACCUGCAGUCCCAGUCGUACAGAACUGGCCUACCAAAACAACGGCUGAAGAGAAAAGAAAAUUUUCUAGCCCCAUUUUAGCCAACGAUAUGGAUCCUCUUAAUCAGGCAGUGCAAGAAAUGAGCAUUUCAGUUUCCCAGAUGGACCAUCUUCCCAGUGAGAGCUUCAAGGAGGAUAUGCCACCACUAGUGGCCAUUGGUUCAUUGACUAGCACGACAAAUUCUUUGGAAGAGGAGAUCGAGGAUACCUUAUUGUCCGAUGAGGAUAAUUUCGAACUGGUGAUUAAUGAGGAUGUCCUGAUUGAAGGCGAUGAUUUUUAAUUAUAACCAAGAAACACAAACAUAGCUUUUAGGAACCUAGCACAAAUAGGUUAAGACACCAUACAUUAUUUUUCAUUACAUUAACGAGUGCGAAACUCAAGGAUCUAAUUUAUUUUAAAACUUUUAUAUUUUACGAAAGCCUUCAAACACAAUUCAAAAACCUUUACCCGCCCAAAGCGUCGGAAUCUG